AGGGAAAGAGUAAAACAUGACAAAGACAGGUACUAUCCUCAAUUAUUGUCAUGUCUUGAGUCCUUGCCAUCAACACAGCAUAUUGAUCAACCAGUAAUAGUGAAGGAAUUGAGUGAAGAAGACUCGUUAUUUGAUUCUCCAGCCUCCAUGGCAUGUGCAUUUAUGGCCACAGAAGACCCAAAAUUAAUGGAUCGCCUACAAAAUCUAGUUCAAAAAUGUCCUUAUGGGGUUCCAGCUAUGUAUCCAACAGAUGAAGAGCUCAUAAAACUCUGCAUGGUAAACCAUAUACAAAGACUAGGGUUGGCUGAGCAUUUUAAUGAAGAGAUUGAAGAAAUUCUGUCACACGUUUACAGGACCUACAAUCAUAAUGAAUCAAGACCGACAACAGUACUCAAUCUUGCACCAGCAAAGAUAUACAAAGACUCCUUGGCAUUUCGGCUCCUGCGGAUGCAUGGGUACAACGUAACUCCAUGGAAAUUCUGCUGGUUUCUUCUUCAUGAAGACAUCCUAAAUCAUAUAGAAGAAAACCAUGAACAUUUCACAAGCGCAAUGUAUAAUGUUUAUAGAGCGACGGAUCUUAUGUUUAAAGGAGAAUAUGAACUAGAGGAGGCAAGAUCACUUUCAGGGAAAGUACUUGAGAAAGCCAUUACACUGGGCACUCAAGGCCAUAAUCUCGCUAUUUUCCCAGGUUUUCAAAGAUUGAUUGAGAAUGAAUUGAGUGUUCCAUGGCUGGCUCGACUGGAUCAUCUUGAUCAUAGACUAUGGAUUGAAGAAAACAAAGGCUAUCCUCCAUGGAUUGGAAAGCCCUCCUUCUUUAGGAAUCAGACGCUUCUGCAUAAUGAGAAGCUAAUGAAACUUGCCGUCAAAAACUACGAGUUCCGGCAAACAACAUACAAGAAUGAAUUGGAGGUGAUGAAAAGGUGGUCCAAGGAAUGGGGACUUAGCGACAUGGGUUUUGGGAGAGAGAAAACCACAUAUUGCUACUUUGCUUUCGCUUCUAGCAGUUCCUUGCCUCAUAACUCUAUGAUCCGAAUGAUUUUUGCCAAGACUGCCACACUUAUAACUGUUGCUGAUGAUUUUUUUGAUAUGGAAGGUGCUCUUAAUGAAUUGAAACGCUUAACAGAUGCAGUUCAAAGAUGGAAUGGCGAAGGUCUAACCGGCCAUGGAAAGGUAAUCUUCAAUGCCCUUGAUGGUCUUGUGAGUGACCUUGCAUCAGAACACCUCCUUCAACAAGGAAGCAACAUAACAAAAAAUCUUCGAGAUAUUUGGCGCGAAACAUUCGUGUCCUGGUUGGUUGAAUCGACGUGGAGCAAAACUGGAUACGUACCCUCCAUGGCUGAAUACCUUGAGUUUGGCGCGACGUCUAUCGGAACACAUACUAUGACACUCCCAGCUUCAUGUUUCCUAAGCUCGAGCUUAUCACCGGAGAAAAUCAAUCCUGUCCGGUAUGAAACUGUCACAAAGCUGCUCAUGGCUAUAGCUCGUUUGUUAAAUGAUACUCAAAGCUACCAGAAGGAAAUAGAAGAUGGGAAAAUUAACUUCGUCUUACUCCACAUGAGAGAAAAUCCAGAGGCAACCAUAGAUGAUUCAAUUGCUUACACUAGAGAGAUACUUGAAGAGAAAAAGAAAGAGUUUCUUCAACAUGUUUUGAUGGAUGGUUUCAGUGAUCUACCAAAACAAUGCAGGCUUCUUCAUCUUUCAUGUCUGAAAGUAUUCAAUAUGUUCUUCAAUUCCACCAACCUCUUUGAUUCCAACACUGAACUGAUUCAAGACAUAAAGAAAGCCAUUUAUGUUCCUCUUCAAGUUCAAAACAUGACGCGUGUAAAGCUUCCAUUAUUGGUUCAUUCAAGUCCCAAAAAAUACAGUUCUAUAACCACUGCUCAGUUCACUCAUGGCUUGAAGUAUCACAACAGCAGGAGGAUUAUCAGACACCCAAUCCCGAAAAUUGAUUCAGUAGAUGGCUGUGGGAAAGGGUUUAUCUCAACAAUGUUCAAGUUUUGCUUUGCUUGAAUGAUAAGCUUUUCUAACCUCCAUUUGGUAUCAUGUUUUGGCUCCUUUAGUACUUGUUUGAUGUGUGAUUGGUUAGUUUAAGAGCACGUCUUGGCGUUGCGGUAAGACUAUUCUAUGGUGGCCUGGGCUUCACUGAUUCGUGUUAUGAAGAUCUCGUAGUAAUGAAACUCUUGAUUUGUACUUUAAACUAAACUUGUAAUUGAUCUUUGAAAUUAAGCAAUGCACUCCAUUUUUUUUCCUUUUUGUCCAAGUUGUAGUUCUUGGGACUCUGGGUUUUAUACUUGUGUCUUGUAUCAUUGAGGGAUCGUUUUACUAUGUAUUCGUGUC